AUCGUACUUUUCAGAUUCUCUUUUGCAUGUUGCAUAAGUUUUAUCGAUAUAGGAAACCAGGAAAUUCUACAACAAGAGUAUGGUGGAACAACCUUUGAAAUUAAUAGCAAUAAAAUUGACAUAUCAAUAGACUUCAUCACACACGCCAAUCACCUAAAAUUCACUUUCAUUGAUCCAUAUUAUCCUGUGCACUAUUUUCAAGAUAUAAACCAUAAGCUCUAAGUUCUCAAAUGUAAACAUACACAUGUUUUAGUUGUUGUCUAGUUGUUACUCGUAAAAUAAGGAUAGUGAUUUUUGCAUUCUCGUUUUCUCUUCAUGAACUUUUUUUUCUUUCUAUUAUUUCCAUUGAAUAAAUAAUUUUUUUUUUUAAAUCAAUAGACAUAAAUUAAUGGAGAAGUGCAGAAUACCAGAAUGAGUAAAACAUGAAUGUAAAAGAUAUUUUUUUUUCAAUACAAUAAUGUAUUUACACUAAGAUCUCUCACUUAAUAUCACUAAACUGUAGUAUAAGUAAUGUAAAAAUCGCUUUCUUGAAAGAAAAAAAUGAGAAACAAAUUAGACAUAAGUUUUAACCAGAGAGUAUGUAUCAUUUCAGAAAAGUGUGGCAAAUUUAAGCAUCAAAUCUUUUGGACUGGUUACCCAUUUUGACAUGAGAGAAAAACUUACCCUUUUCAACGUCUGUCUUAAUAUAUUCACUCUCUUAAUUAAACAUUCCUAGCUGACAACAAAAAAAAUUAUACAUUCCCAAUUUAAAUUGAUUUUCCAACUGAUUCUUGGAAAAAAAAAAAAAAAAAACAAAAACAGAGCUUUUCCUAUUCCAAUAUUGCUCUUAUAGAAGAAAAGGGAAAAGAAAAACAGAGCUUUUCCUUUUCCAAUAUGGAAUGGCAAGACGCAAGCUCUUCCCCUUUCUUGUAUAAAUACUCUUCCCUCCCACCUUUUCAGGAAAUCUCACACACCCUCUCUUCUCUGCUCUCUGUCCUUUCUCUCCCCUCUCUCUCUGCAAAUCCCAGCUUCCAUACGAAAACAUUCACCUCUGAGUCCAUGGCUCGAUUACCAUCAUUAUUAGUUUCUCUACUAACCAUCCUCGGGCUACUAACAUCAGGAGUUGUUUCAAGGACAUUCACAUUGCAAAACAAGUGCGACUACACAGUGUGGCCGGGCAUUCUCUCCAACGCCGGCGUCUCACCUCUUCCGACCACAGGCUUCGCCCUCGCAAAGGGCGAAACGAAAAUUAUCUCCGCCCCCGCAUCCUGGGGUGGCCGCUUCUGGGGCCGAACCCUCUGCUCCCACGACUCCGCCGGCAAAUUCUCUUGCCUCACCGGCGAUUGCGGCUCUGGAAAACUAGAAUGCUCCGGCAGCGGUGCCGCCCCGCCAGCCACUCUCGCUGAGUUCACACUCGACGGCGCCGGCGGCCUCGAUUUCUUCGACGUCAGCCUUGUGGACGGGUACAACCUCCCUAUGCUGGUGGUCCCCAAUGGCGGCACUGGGACCAACUGCACGAACACCGGCUGCGUUGUCGACCUCAACAUCCGCUGUCCUUCCGAGCUCAAGGUCACCAGCGCCGACGGAGCUGAAGGAGUCGCGUGCAAGAGCGCGUGCGAGGCGUUCGGCCAGCCGCAGUACUGUUGCAGCGGCGAGUACGGUUCACCUGACACUUGCAAGCCAUCUCAAUACUCUCAGAUUUUCAAGAGCGCGUGCCCGCACGCAUACAGUUACGCGUACGACGACAAGACCAGCACCUUCACAUGUGCCGGUGGCGACUACACCAUCACCUUCUGCCCAGCGCCCAGCACCAGCCAGAAAGCAUCACAGGACAGCACACAGCCGCAGCCUACAGCUACACCGUCAGCAACGCCGACAACCACCUCAACCUCGCCGCAGGAGAUAAACAACACGAUGGAGUACGAGGGCUCCUACUUCUAUCCAUCGUCGGCUGCUUCCUUUCACGCAUUCGAAACACGUGUGACGAGUGCGGUUGGCGUCGUCGCAGUCAUUGGGUUGCUAUGGCCGCUCUUGUUCUAACGGACUCUUUGUCGGGGGUGGGCCCAUGUGAGUCCAACAAAAUGGGCCCAAUAUAGGGGUCAUGGACCGUUCAACUAUUUUUACCUUUUUGGGCCAUGUGAAUUUUGGAUGGUGGACCCACAUACAUGGCCUUGGUUACGUGGAUUGGAGUCAUGUGAUGGGAAAAGCCCACCCACCCAUCAGCAAAGUGGCAAGUUGUACGGAUGUUAGAUUAGAUUGUUAGAUUAUUAGGUUAUUAGUUUAUGGAAAUAUUAUUAUUAGACUUUUUUUCGUCAUCCAAUUCUUUAUAUUAACUGCCUAAUUUGGUAGGAAGAUAAUGAAGUUUUUGUUUUUGCUAA